AUGACAACGACAACCCUUGCAACCACACUGACCUCUCCGCCUACAAAACCACAAGAAAUCGAGAUACCCAGAGGUCCGGUGACCUCGACUCUGAUCUUCUACGCCCCACCUCCAGAUGAUGCCAAACCCUGGAACUACGUAGAGCAACCACCACCAGGCCUCCCCCAAAGAAACUACACCGAACAUCCCUCCGAAGUCUCCAUCUCCGACAUGCGCGGCCAAGAACCAUCCUUUGAACUCGACACCCACGGCUUCACCACCGCCUCUGCUAUCCCCAGCAAAGUCACAGACUUCAGCUCCGAGGACCAGAUAACCUCAAUCUACUAUCCAGAAGUCGAGGCUUUGAUUCUGAAUCAAGUUCCUGGAGCCGAACGCGUCUUCCUCUUUGACCACACGAUACGCCGCGCAGAUGCAAACGCAAAGCGUCAACCCGUGCACCGCGCCCACGUCGAUCAGACGGAAGAAGCAGCAAGGCAACGCGUACACCAUCACCUCCCCUCUGAAGCUUCUUCCCUGCUCGCCUCCCGCGUCCGCAUAAUAAACAUCUGGCGCCCUCUCAACGGACCCGUCGUCUCUCUGCCUUUGGCCGUCGCCGAUUCGCGCAGUGUUUCUGAGAAAGCGGUUGUGGGCAUCGAGCACAGGUAUCCCGAUCGUGUGGGUGAGACGGCGGGGAUUUUGAGUCAAGAGGGACAGAAAUGGUGGUAUUGGAGUGGGAUGACGAAUGAUGAGAGAUUAUUUUUGCAGUGCUAUGAUAGUCAUGGCACUCAGGCUAGGACGCCGCAUACGGCGUUCAAGGACCCGAGGACGCAGGAGGGUUGGCCGGGAAGGGAGAGUAUUGAGGUCAGGGCUUUGGUGUUUGGGUGA